GCGGUUGCCGCUUAGGGGCUUGUGGAACUCGAUGGUCAUUGGUGGUCAGGCUGAGUGAGACGUCCGAUACUUGAGCCUAGAGAGUGUCGCCGUCAUGAUGUGUGUUUUGACAAGCAAAAGCUGGACGAUCUCUUAGCUGAGCAAAAUCAACCACCGAUAUUGUCACCUGGGAUCUGACCAUCGGCAUGAUCUGUUACUUGACUGCGCAGAACGAAAAGAAUCAACAGCGCAACAACCACCGAUUAAGUCAAGAGUCGGUCAAUACGUUCAAAGUUGGGGACGGCAACGAUUCCCAGGGUUGAACACGCGAAUCUUAGCAUCCUUCUAGCGCCUUGGCGGGGGGAUCCAACCCGAAUGACACGAGCUAAGCGAUGCUGCUUGGCCGCCACCCGAGCUCCUAGCCGAGGAACCGACAAGGAUCUUGAGGGCCGUCUGGCAGUGAAACCGCCAUUAGAAGUACGAGGGAGGCAUGCAGCACCCUCGGGUCCCUCGGAUCGCUUAGCCAAAGUGCAUGCAUGCCUGCUCUUCUGCUCCCCUCGUGGCGGCGCCAUGGCCGGAGUGUCAGUCCGGCGUGUCGUAAAUAGGAUUUGGUUGAGUUGGGUCUGGUCUCUGCGCUCAGACUGUCGGAGCAAACAGGGAACCCCGCCGAACGGCGAGAAAAGCUGCUUCUUGAACCCUUUCCGCCAAUCAAUCAUGACGCCGAAAUCUUCAAAGUUUCUCCUCGGUGAUGCCGUCUUUCGCGCCGUGCUCGUCGCGCUUAUUUGGACUUCCGAGCGAGCCAACGUGAGGUAUAGCGAAUCGGCUGGCGGGCCAUGUUUGUAACUCGCAUAGACGACGCCGAAUAGUCGCUUCGUGAUGCCCAUGGUAUCAAUUCCUGAUAAAUUUGCAAAUAUGGGCAUGCU